CGCCUUUUAAUAGUCUUCAAAGAAAAAAAUACAAGAUGCCAUCUAACUCUUCCGAUGAGUAUAAUAUGCGCUCGCUCUACGGGGCCAAGUUUCAGCUGGCAGACACCUUUCAUCCCAAACAGUAUCUGGGAUAUCGGAAUUACAAAGCUUACAUUGCCGAAGCCUUCGCGACCUUCUGGUUUCUGUUGAUCACCAUAGGCACAGUAUGCAGUUUCUACGAUGCCACGGCCCAGGCAUACUUGAUCACCAAUCCCGCUGCCAGUGAUUUCAAGCCUGACUCGGGUAUGGUGCUUGCCGUAGCCUUGGCCUUCGGUCUCAGCAUUGCUGUGCUAGUGAGCUCUAUCAGUCACAUCAGUGGUGGUCAUAUAAACCCUGCUGUAACAUUUGCGCUCAUGGUAACCGGCCGUAUCAAUUUAGUGAAAGGAGCCAUUUACAUUGCUUGCCAGUUGGCUGGUGCAGUCAUUGGCGUGUACAUGGUUGAUGCCCUUUGGCCGGAUAACAUCACCGAUGCUAUGGCAUUCGGCACCAACGGUCUUUCUGGCAACCUCACAAAAACGCAGGGCGUUUUCCUGGAGUUCUUUGGCACGGCAAUUCUCACUUUCACAGUGUUCGGUACUGUUGUAGAUCCGAAGGGUUCCUAUUUCAUUCAUCAUAACGCGCCAUUGACUAUUGGAUUCUCUGUAUUCCUUGCCCACGUGAUGCUCAUUCCUAUGACUGGCUGUGGUAUCAAUCCAGCACGUAGCUUUGCACCUGCAGUACUUAGCGGAAACUGGGAUGACCAGUGGGUCUAUUGGGUCGGGCCCAUGCUGGGCGGUCCCUUUGGAGCGUUUAUGAACUAUCUACCGUUCAAUUUGUUCGAUGAAACUAAUAAUAAGGAGAACGCCAAGGCUCAGGACGAGGAUGCCCCCGACGGAACACAAGGUACUCAAGUAACCCCAAAGACACAUCUCCCUGUGAACGUUGAUGAUAGAGCCAAGGUUAAAAACAGCCACGCGGUCGACAUGUCAAAUCAGGCUGUGAUGACGCACUCAGAGGACAGUGUUGAUCGCCGAGGACCGGGAAGACCCCCUGUUUCCACUUGUUAA